AUGACGGUGGUGACUAUGGAUGACCCUAGUCAAGCAGAAGCAGAAGCACUCCGUGAACUUCCCAAUUCCAACGACGGGCUUGGUACUUUACCUCAGCUUUUGGGCUGUGCUUCUACAUUGGUUCUUGGAAAUGGAAGUGAUCACAGAGCUAUAGGGGGAGCAAAGGGGUUCGUGGAUCCUAUUCUUGGCUCUGUUAUUUCUGGGUUUACUGAAGAUAAUGGCUUUGACUGUACUAGCACCAAGAGAUCAAGAGCAGCAACAAGCAAGCAAGCUCUAAUGUCACAGCAUAGCUCAAUCCCAUCUCCAACAGACGAGUUCAGAAAGCCUACUUCCUUUCCGAAAUUGCUAACUGGCUUCACCUUCAAGAACUUCUCAGAAACAACAGAGGCAGUUAUGAGCCCAACUUCAAUUCUUGAUAGCAAGCCAUUCUCGGGCCUCAAAAACCCCUUCUGGCAUGACCCAAACCCCAGUCCUAAAACCCCGGGACCUGCGACCAAGCACCACUGGGACAAACUAGACUCUAGAGGCAUUGGUCUUGGCAUUAUCGAUGCUCUUGACGAUGAAAAAACUGAUUCUAAUUUUUCAAAACCCGAAAGCAAAAUGGUUCUGUUUGGGUCACAGUUAAAGAUCCAAAUCCCUUCAUUGCCUCCAUCAUUUCUUUCACCAACUGAUCAAUCUCCCAAAUCUCCUAGCAAUUUUGGUAUCAAAACAAGAAACUCUCAAUUGGGUUCUUUUUCUUCUGGGUUAUCCCCUUCUCUAAUAAAAAAGUCAGUAUUUGGAUCAUCUAAUUCGGGUAUAGACACUCUUAAUUCUCCUCGGGUCUUCACUGGGUGUCUUUCUGCUAGUGAAAUGGAGCUCUCUGAGGAUUAUACUUGUGUAAUCACUCACGGGCCUAUCCCCAAAACUACUCAUAUUUUUGACAAUUGCAUUGUUGAGAGCUGCUGUGGUAUUGUUGGCUUCUCUACAUCUCUAAGGGAAGAUAAUAAUGGAUUUUUGGGUGACGAGUCAAGUCAUCCAUCUGAUAGUUUUUUAAGCUUCUGCUCAGCUUGCAAGAAGAAUCUUGAGCAGGGAAAAGACAUCUACAUGUACAGAGAGGAAAGGGCAUUCUGCAGUAGUGAAUGCCGGUACCAAGUGAUGCUGUUAGAGGAAGGAAUGGAUGAAGUGGAUCCAAAUGAUGCUUAUGGAACCUGUUCUUGA